AUGCGUGUGUAUCAAUGUGCAUGUGUGCAUGCAUGUGUCAGUCGAUUAGCGAGUGGACACAGCGUGGUCGAGCAUGCAGCUUUCAUUGAUCAUUACCAACCCCCUGGCCGACACUCUGGACCCAUCAUGGAGUCAGGAAAGCAGCUAACGGGUACAUUGGCUCUGGCUGUGUUCACAGCAGUUCUGUCGUCCCUGCAGUACGGCUACAGUCUUGGAGUCAUCAACGCGCCCCAGAAGGUCAUUGAAAAGCAUUAUGGGCGGACGCUGGGGGUGUGGUCAGAGAGGGCCGCUGUCCUGUCAGGAAACAUCACAGAAGAAGACGGGUUCCCAGAGGCGGGGCAACACCCUGCCGUGGUCAUGUAUUGGUCAUUGUCGGUGGCAGUCUUCUCCAUCGGUGGCAUGUUAUCCUCCUUCCUGGUGGGAAUUGUGGGAGACCUGAGAGGGAGGAUAAAGGGCCUGUUAAUGAUCAAUGUUCUGGCUGUGACUGCCGGACUGCUCAUGGGUCUUUCCAAGAUGUGGAAGACUCACAUCAUGAUCAUCUCCGGCCGCGCUGUUAUGGGCCUUUACUGUGGGUUGACACUUGGGCUAGUGCCUAUGUACAUUGGAGAGAUUGCACCCAAGGCUUACAGAGGGGCUCUGGGAACAUUACACCAGGUGGCAGCUGUCACUGGCAUCCUAAUCAGCCAGGUCAUAGGCUUGGACUUUGUGUUUGGCAAUGAUGAUAUGUGGCCCCUGUUGCUUGGUCUGUCUGGAGCUCCGGCCGUAUUACAAACCUUCCUGCUGCCUCUAUGCCCUGAGAGCCCCCGGUACCUUUACAUUAUAAGGGGCAAGGAGCAAGAGGCUAAAAAAAGUCUGUAUCGUCUAAAAGGGCCGUAUGAUGCAUCUGCGGAUCUGGAAGAGAUGAGGAGAGAGAAAGAGGAGGCAGACAGGGAGCCCAGGGUCUCUAUCCUUUCCUUGAUCCGCUCCUCCCUGUACAGACAGCAGCUGUUUGUUGCCCUCAUGAUGCACCUCUCCCAACAGUGGUCUGGCAUCAAUGCAAUCUUUUAUUACUCUACGGAUAUCUUUACUCGGGCCGGUGUCCCUCAGCCAGCCUUCGCCACUAUAGGAGUCGGAGUCCUCAACGUAGUCUUCACUCUGGUGUCUGUUGCGCUGGUGGACAAGGCUGGCAGGCGCACUCUGACUCUGGUUGGACUAGGAGGGAUGUGCUGCUGUGCAGUUGCCAUGACAGUGGGCCUCAAAUUACAGAAUGAAUACUUGUGGAUGAGCUACGUCAGCAUGUCAGCUGUCUUCCUCUUCGUGAGUUUCUUUGAAAUUGGUCCUGGUCCCAUCCCAUUUUUCAUCGUUGCUGAACUGUUCAGUCAGGGACCUCGGCCUGCAGCCAUCGCUCUAGCUGGCUGCUGCAACUGGACCAGCAACUUUGCCGUAGCCAUGGCCUUUCCGUAUAUACAGACUUGGUUGAAUUCUUAUGUGUUCAUCCUGUUUGCUGUGCUGCUUUUCGGCUUCACCAUGUAUAUUUAUUUUCGGGUCCCCGAGACCAAGGGCAAAACCUUUGAGGAGAUUUCUGCUCUCUUCCACAAGGGCCGGAAGAAGUUGGCACAGGGCCCCAAAAAUGGUACUGAACUGCAGGAGCUCAAAACAUCCACAGAUGCUUGAAACAACAGCGUGUUUGUGUGGUUUAUUUGUAUGCAUGUGCAAGGGCGUCUUCAGCUGUCACUAUUUCAAAUGUGUUUUUGUACAUUUAUCCAUGUAGUAUUAUAAUUACUUGAUAAAUGAAGGAGUCUUUACACUAGAUGACAUUUUUUAAUCAUGUGCUACACAAAAACCAACAGUGACUCACAAUAUUGUGUUUAUGUUAUAUGGAGUGGGGUUUACAUUUAAUCCAAGUAUAAACUUUCAGUAUUGUGACCAUGUAUAGUUAAAGUGGCUAUGAAUAUUUUAUUACAUGCCUGUUUGUGUGUGACAGGGCUUUUUUGAACCUACAGAGAUUUUUGACCCGACUGCAGUUCCCCUGAGCUUUAUGGCGUCAUUUAUUGUUUUAUUGUUCACUUCCACUACUACUUGUUUCUCCAGGUUUACCUUCAAAUAAAUGCAGUUAAAAAAAUAGAAUUGUGAAUUUAUUAUUGUGUUAUCUACUCCUCCACCAUUUUCUGUCUU